AUGGCUAGAGCUCAUUUCAAGUUGAAGCCCAACACCGCAGGUAUCGACUACCUCCUCCACCCUCAAAUCCUCGGCACCGUCGAGGAGAGCGUGAGGGCAGACCAGAUCAUACCUGUGGUCGUCCUGAGCGAGGAGGAGAUCAGUGCUGGGCCGGAAAAGCUGUGGGAUACUUUGCACUACUUGGUCGACAAUGACGAUGUUUGCACGGACGAAUUCACCGGCAUCAUCGUCGUCAGGCCUUCUCCCACAUCUGCGUCAGCGCCCGACGAGCCUUUGAAGAUCAUCGUCGAUCCAGCCUCCGACCGCUCUGCUUCAGUGUACCACUUGAGCCCCGGACCGAACCUUCUUCGUCAGGGGGAGGAGGCUCAGCUGCCCUCAGGCCCCUACUUCCUGAGCGGUCGAAACUUACACCAGGCGUGGCGACUGUAUCCGGACGAUCUCGAUGCCUUCACCUUUGGCCUACUGCCAGAUGAUCCUUACAGCCCAAAAAGUUUCCAAGCCGUAGCGCUCCAGUCCUGGGACGGUCUGGCCAGGUCGAUCCCAGUCCCUAGUCGUCUCUACCACAAGCCUGACUCGGACAGGCCUCUGGCUGGUGCUCGAGUGUCCGUCAAGGACAUAUUUGACAUCCAGGGUGUGAAGACCACCCUGUCCAGCCGAGCCUGGGCCGAGUUGUAUCCUGCAGCCACCACAAAUGCACCAUAUCUCAAGCGGCUGCUAGACCAGGGUGCCAUCAUCGUCGGCAAGACCAAGACGACCCAGUUCGCGACCGGAGCGGAAUGGGUUGACUUUCAAGCACCAGUAAAUCCUCGCGGGGACCGGUAUCAAUAUCCAUCGGGCAGCUCAACAGGGGCUGCAGCAUCUCUUGCUGGGUACCCAUGGCUCGAUCACAGUAUUGGGGGCGACUCUGCAGGGAGCGUUCGAGGACCAGCCACGUACCAUGGCCUCCACGCUCUCCGACCAACGUUCGGGUCAGCAUCCCUGGACGGUAUAAAAAUCAUGUCUCCACGAUACGACACUGUCGGCAUUUUCGGGCGUAGUCUGAAUGAGAUCGCCUUCAUUGUAGAGAACAGCCUUGAUGUAACACAAGAUGAAGACAAGACUUUACCUCGGAAGCUCAUACUCCCGGCCGACUUUUUUCCUUUGACGGACACAGAACAUCAGCGAUUGUUUGACCAGUUUGUAGGAAUCUUGGAGACUUACAUAGGCGUCGAAAGGGUUACAGUCAACCUUACCCAGAUCUGGGAGGAAAACCCCCCCGUCCACCCCCACGGAGCCGGUCAAUCCUUGCAUGAAUUCAUGAAGAAGGCUCCUACAUUGUCUCUAUGUUACGAUUAUUACCAUGUUUCAGAACAGUUCCGCUGCGGCUAUCGCGAGGAAUUUGGCAGAGAGCCUUUUGUCGAGGCUUCCCCUCGCCAUUGGUGGAACGUCGGCGCCAACGUCACAAAGCAUGAAUAUGACAUGUACGUUCGGCAGAUUGGCAUGUUCAAGGCAUGGUUCGAUACAACAGUCAUGCGCACAGAUCGAGGACAUUUACAAGACGGAAUCAUGUUCCUGCCCAAUGGAAUUGCUGGACCCAAAUACAGGGAUGCCAUUCCAGAAGCGCCGUCUGCGUCUGAGGGCAUCGAUCCCCAACUCCUGUCACCACUUUUGGCCACUCCCCAUUUAGUCGUGUGCUUUGCUCAAGUUCCUUAUGAGUCUCGCGUAAGCGGAUCGACUGAAUACAGGCCGAUAUGUGCUGGGAUCAUGAGCGCCAGAGGCAGUGACCUGGCUCUCCUCCGCUUGGUCCACGAAGCUCUGGAGAUGGCGGGAUGGCGUGCGGAUAUUGAUUCCGGUCGAUACACAUAUCCACUGGGCAACAACAGCAGGAACGUGGAUGACGGAUUAGAUGACAAGGCCAACCAGGCUGAGACAUUCAUCGAAGUGCACAUAGAUAGCAUGGCGCAUGGCCACCAAUUGCCUGUAGAUGAGUUGUAA